AUGACGCAUCGACCGCCAACAGCACAAGAGUUCGUGCCAGUUGGUCACCUCUCCCUGGAUGGGAAUCUAGAGAUCAAUACGAAGUUGGAGCUGCCGGCGAACGAAGUGAUCUGGGCCCUUCAAGCAGAUGGGCUAGGUCGGUUUGCUAUGCGACGGCUCAAAGCCCUCGCUGCUGGGGACUCGUCCCAGGCAAGAGUUCUUGCGCUGAAUACACCCUUGAAGAAGUUCCAUCUGGCACCAGAAUUCAUCGAGAUCACUUACACCCACGUGGCUGAGGGGCUUCAGAGGUGUUAUGUAUUACUCAGGGGUGGUAUCUAUGUCAUCUUCCACCACGAUGAUGAAGGAUACCUGACGAGCAGGCAGGUUCAUAAGUUACUGUUGGCGUUGAUGACAAAGGACGCCUAGUCGAGAUACGACCAUGAUGAUAAGGGCGGAUGGGAUUGUCGUUAAGCCUGUGGCUGUUUAGGUGAUAGACGAGAUGAUUGUAAUCGGUCUUUGUAGACAUCCGACCCAACAUUGAGAGGGAGUCGCGCGCAUACUCUGAUCUACCUGCCUGCCUUGCCGCCAUCUUCGUCCUUCUCCUUCUCACCCAUCUAGUGUUUGCACGGCGAAACGAGACUGCAAAGAACCAAGAAAGUCGACGAAUAGACAACGACAACAACAAAGAUCGAGCAGAGACGUAU